GCCAUGUUGUUCGCAUCUUCCGCUUGCCAAAGCCCAAAGCUCGCGAGAAGAGGGGCAGAACAAAUAAGAUUAAUAUUCGUGGCUAAUACGAAAUAGCCUUUUUUUGUGGAAACAAAUCAACCCAUAGUGCUUUUCAUUUGUUAAAAAAUCAAAUUAUUCGCAAUGUCUGAUGCCACAACCGAUCAUGUGGACGCUGUGGAGGAUGAAUUGGAAGUUGAGUCGAAUUACAAACCUCCUCCGGAAAAAACGAUUGAACAAAUUUUAGAGGCAGAUAAGGAAGACGAAAGUUUGAGAAAAUAUAAAGAAACGUUGUUAGGGGAGGCCAAAGCUGGUGGAGUAAUUGUUGAUCCCAACGAUCCUAGAAAAGUAAUAGUUAAGAAAUUAGCACUUUGCGUAGCAGACCGUCCUGAUAUGGAAUUGGAUUUAUCUGGUGACUUAUCGCAAUUAAAGAAACAAACUUUUGUUAUCAAAGAAGGUGUUAGUUACAGAAUUAGAAUUGAUUUUAUUGUACAGCGUGAAAUUGUACAUGGAUUGAAGUAUGUGCAGAAAACUUAUCGCCUAGGUGUACCAGGAGUUACAGUGGAUAAAAUGACACACAUGGUUGGAUCAUAUCCUCCAAAAACUGAAAUACAAUCCUAUACCACUCCUGCCGAAGAUGCACCUGCAGGAGUUAUGGCACGAGGUUCGUACAGUGUUAGUUCUUUAUUCACUGACGAUGAUAAACACGAACAUCUGAAAUGGGAAUGGUCUUUUGAAAUUAAGAAAGAUUGGAAGGAAUAAAUCUAUCCUGUCAUUCCACUGAAAAAAGAAAAAAAGGGAAAAGAUACGAGAGAAUGUUUUUUUAACUUUACAAUCAUUCGCAGUUAUAAAUAUAAGAAUAAUGGGUACCAUCGUAGAUAUACUUUGAUGAGUUACGAAUGAUCUUGAGUUGAUGGUACUAUAAGAAUUAAUUAUACAUACUAAGUAAUGAGAAAAGAGUAACAUAUAUUGGUAUUUAUUUAGCAUUCACUUCCCAUUGUAAUCAGCUAUUCACAAAUGUUUGAUUCACAAAGUAGAUAUCAUUGUGUUUGUGAUGAAUGGUCAGUAGAAAAAUAUACCGCAUUGUAGAUUAAAAUGAAUCUACAAUUGUCAAACACAAAAGUAUUUAAAAAUGGAAAGUAUUAUACAAUUUGUGAAUGAAUAAUUUAAAUAACAUGCAACAAUGAUCCGGUGAUAUUUAUCUAUUGAAAAUAAAGGAGAGAUAAAAACAAUAUUGUAAGGAUUUUGGAUAGCACGAUCUUUAGGGCGUUAAUGUGUACACAUACUUAAUAUUUGGAUUUAACAGUUGGAUAUAACAUUACAUAAAAAUGGGACUUAUACUUUUACUAUUGUAAAGCUUUCCCAAAUUUAUUUCCGUAAUUUAUGAGGUAUCUCUGGUUAAAAUUACACUUGAGAUGAAAAAAAAAAGAAAAAGAAAUCUGGCAUUAUAUGAAGUAUGAUGAGACAUACAUAUAUACAUACAUACAUAUAUAUAUAUACAUACAUACAUACAUACAUAUAUAUACAUACAUAUAUACAUACAUAUACAUACAUACAUACAUAUGCAUACAUACAUACAUACAUAUACAUACAUACAUACAUACAUACAUAUACAUACAUACAUACAUACAUACAUACAUACAUAAACUCGAUAUUAGUGAACUUGGUUUAUCAAAGAGAUUAUAUAGCUCUGUGUCUGAGUGAUCAUUUGAAAGAUAAUUAUCUGAUUGAAGUAUGUGUAUAUUUAUAAAAAUUAUAAAUCAUGAGUGCAUCAUAGUUAAAUAUGAUAAAAUGUACUGGAACGUAUUGGAAUUAUAAAUCUUCUGUUUGUGAGCUUCCAUGGAAAACUAUAAUCUUUAAUAUAAGCCAGCUAAAUCGGAGUUGCUUUUUGGUGAUUCAUUUAUAUGUCGUUUGUUUAUACGAAAGAAUACUAGAAUGUUGACAUCUCAAGGGAAAGCGCACAUUACAGACAUUAGUAAUUGUAAAAAUGACUAUAUCCAAUGGAUCAUUCAGUACAGACUGUGAAGCAUUUUAAAUAAUGUCUUUGUAUAUGCUAAGAUUAUCCGUAAUCUAUGUAACAUAAUUAUCAACAAUGUAGAAUAGACCUUUUAUACCUCAAAACAAAAUCAUAGUAGCCAAUGCUGCAAUAGAUACAAAGUUAUGGACGUUCAAAAUCUAAAAGGCGUUUCCAGAAAUAAUGUGAUUGAAAAGAAACCCCUGUUAUAUCGAAUAUCUUGUUAAAUAUUAUUUCAAUAAUAUAUUUUCCAUGUAAAAAUGCCAUCGUACGAUCUAUUUGCACACUAUUAUUUUCUGCCGUAUUAAAAUAAUUUUCUAAUUCGUACUAUGUUACGAUAUGUCGCAAGAUUUGAAAAUUAUGAGCGCAGAGUCGAGUAGCUUAUUGUCUCUCAUGUGUAUUAUGUGUAUUUAUUUGUAUUACGCGGUGCAGUAUAUAUUGUAAUCGUUAAUAUAGUUGCUGUAUAUUAAAUAUA